AUGGAUUCAAUGCCAUGCGCCUUUCACAUACGAACUAAAAGUGAAGUAAGAAAAGGAACACUCUUGACUGCUCUUCUAGCUUGCAGGAUUUAUUAUGGACCCGCAAUGUUUAGAUUGAGUGUUCAAAUUGCUAAGAGAUACUAUGGUAACUUUUCAGCUUUGAAGAGGCCUCCAUUCAAUGAGAUAUUCCCACCGAAAAGAAUGAUUAAUAAGAUACUAUUUGACCUGGACAGUAGGUAUGCGUCAGGAAAGCUCUAUGUUGUUUAUGAAAGCGUCUACAACAAUCUUGAUAAGGAGAAUUAUACAAGGGAAUUUCCUAACAGUUUCAAUGCCUCAGAUGUUAUGAUUAUGAAGAAAGUUCUUGAGAAGGUGAGGCAUAGAACUAAAAGCAUCAACAAGCACCUACUUGAAUUAGAAAACUCAUUACUUGAUAGUGCUGCCGAAAUGGGUAAUAAGGAUGCUGUAGCACUGCUGGCAUUUGAUGUGUUGAAAGAUCCGUCUCAAAACACUAGCGAAGAUGUCGAAUACUCCAAAUUACUUAUUAAAGAUCUGUACAAAAGAAAACAUCAUCUCACGUUGAAGUUAACAGGAGAUCUAGCAUUCAAAAAUAAUAACUUGAAAGAAGCUGAAAAUUAUUACAAGCAGUUUCUUGAUGUGGAAGAUGAUACCUUUCUAGCUGGCGAGGUUUAUGGACAGCUGGGCCUAAUUGGCUUAAGAGCAUCUAAUUUAGCUGACGCUGAAAGAUUCUUUCUUAAAUCCAUUCAAUUAUCACCUUUAAAAUACUCAGUGCACUCAUAUUUUUACUUGAGUCAGAUGUAUAUGAGUUCUGAUCCGUUGAAGGCAAGAACGUUGAUGGAAAACUGUGCCACUCAAGGUUUCAAGGAGUCAUUUAGAUCUCUGGGUUACUUAGAAAUGAAUUAUUUUAAAGAUUACUACAAAUCACAAGAAUGGUUUAAGUUAGGUAUGGAGCUUUUCGAUAUAGAAUGCUUCAUUGGGUAUUUUGAUUGUUGCUGUACACUGAAAGAAUGGGCAAUGGCAAAUAAAUGCUACAAAAGUUUGCAAAGAAUGGCAGAGAUCAAUCCAAAAUAUAGACCUCUGCUGGAAGAAUUUGACGUAGCGCGUUCUGACAAAAUAAUGACAUCUUCGCAGUACAGUUUCCAACCAGUCUUUAACAAAGAAUUGAUCGGGGAAGCUAAAGCAACGGAGCAGUCAAUAUUCAGAAGCAGUAAAUGGGGGCUAUAG